AUGGCCUUCCUCUGGAUCCUGUCCUGCCUUGCCUUUGCCGGGGCUGCCUACGGCUGCGGCGUUCCAGCCAUACGCCCCGUCAUCACCGGAUACUCUCGGAUAGUGAACGGUGAAGAGGCUGUUCCCCAUUCCUGGCCCUGGCAGGUGUCUUUGCAGGACUCCACUGGCUUCCACUUCUGCGGUGGCUCCCUCAUCAGCGAGUAUUGGGUCGUCACGGCUGCUCACUGUGGCAUCAAAGUGUCUCACCGUGUUAUCCUGGGCGAACACAACCGCGCUUCUCCUAGUGAGAACAUCCAGACCAUGACUGUUGCAAAGGUUUUCAAGAACCCCAAAUACAACCCGUUCACCAUCAGCAAUGACAUCACACUGGUCAAGCUGGCCACUCCUGCUAAGAUGACACCACAAGUGUCGCCUGUAUGUGUGGCUGAAUCCACUGACAACUUCCCUGGUGGCAUGAAAUGUGUCACCACCGGCUGGGGCCUGACCCGCUACAACGCUCCCGACACCCCUCCGCUCCUGCAGCAGGCUGCUCUACCCCUGCUGACCAACACUGACUGCCAGAGCUUCUGGGGAAACAAGAUCACCAACAUCAUGAUUUGUGCUGGAGCUUCUGGCGUCUCAUCCUGCAUGGGCGACUCUGGUGGCCCCCUGGUCUGUCAGAAGGAGGGAGUCUGGACCCUAGUGGGCAUUGUUUCCUGGGGCAGCAGCACUUGCUCGACCUCCGUCCCUGGAGUCUAUGCUCGGGUCACAGAGCUCCGUGCUUGGAUGGACGAGACCAUUGCCGCCAACUAAAACCGCUCUCUUGUGUUUUAUUGGUUUUGGUUUCCGUGGUGAUGUCAAUAAAAUUAUGUGCCUUUCAAAGCA